GCAAGAGGGUGAUGUGGAUGGGGAAUUAGGGCAAAAAUGGGGCUGUGUCCCCCAGCCAUGUGACAGAUCCCAUGGGAAAUCUCCCAUGGCCUCUCCCUUUAUUUCAACGAAGUUACAGGACUCCUCUGUCUCCUUUUCGGACACAAACCUCCCGCGCUGUAAAUUUUCCCACACUUUCCUUAGUCUGCGGUCGCAAGUCGGCCUUCCUCCCGCUGUCAGCACCACCCUGGCGCCGCAGGGCCCGCCCUCAGUGACAGCGGGAAGCCGAAAGUUUGGGAGGUCACCUUCAGGUGACAACAGAAACACACUUUGUGCUGUGUGAGGAGGCGAGGCUGCCGCUGAGCAGCGGCGCUGGGGGCGGCCCGGCCCCGAGCCUGCCCCGCAGCGCUGCCAACCGCGGGGGCCGCGCUUGUCCUGCGCUAAGCACGGACGGACGGACGGACGGACGGACCGACCGGAGGAAGGGAGGAGCGGCCGGACCCCCCCGGGAGUCGGGAGCGGCUGCGGGCUCGGGCGGAGGCGCGGAGCGGAGCGGGCGCUGAGGGCACUGCGGGGAGGAGCUGUAAUGUUUUGCUGUCAGGAUGAGGAGCAGGAUCCCUGUCAUCCUCCUGGCCUGUGGCUCCUUUAACCCCACCACCAACAUGCACAUGCGUUUGUUUGAGCUGGCCAGAGACCACCUGCACCAGACAGGAAGAUACCAGGUGAUUGAAGGCAUAAUGUCUCCUGUCAGUGAUAGCUAUGGGAAGAAAGGCUUGGUGUCAGCAAGGCACCGGGUGGCAAUGGCCAAACUGGCCCUGGAGACGUCUGACUGGAUCCGGGUGGAUCCCUGGGAGAGCGAGCAGGACACAUGGACAGAGACAGUGAAAGUAUUAAGGCACCAUUAUAAUGAAGCACUCAGAGCGUUCCAGUCCAAGAAGGAGUUCCCAAGAAACAAACAUCCCACGGAAGGCUCUAUGGGGAACUCUCUUUCUUGCCAGCAACCAGUUCUACCAGAAUUAAAGCUGCUCUGUGGGGCUGAUUUUCUACAGACAUUUAAGACACCCAAUCUCUGGAAGGAAGAAGACAUCAAAGAAAUAGUGGGAAGGUUCGGUUUGGUCUGCAUUAGCCGGGCUGGCUCUGAUCCAACGCAGUUCAUCCAGGAAUCAGACCUUUUAUCUAAAUUCCAGCACAAUAUUUUUCUAGUGAGAGAGUGGAUCCAGAACGAAAUCAGUGCGACGCAGAUCCGCUCUGCCCUGUGCCGAGGGCAGAGUGUGAAAUAUCUCAUCCCAGACUCUGUCAUUGCCUACAUUGCACAGCACAACGUCUACACAACGGAGAGCGAGCGCAGGAACGAGGGGCACCUGCUGCAGCCUCUCAGGCUGCAAAACACAGCAACAAACCCUCUGAGGGACUGAUUUCUGCACUGUGUACCGUGUCAGACCAGGACCCUUGUCAUGAGCAUUUCUUGUGAAAGUUGUUUCUUAUUAACAAUGAAGGGAAAAUCCAACAUUUCUUGAAAUCAUAUGGUGUUUUAAAUCCAUGAAUCUGUGUGUGGUAGUGUUCAAGAAAAUUGGGAUGCUCACCUGUGUAGCUUAAAAUACACAAAGAACAGCUUCAUUGUAAAAAUAAAAGCAAGGAGAUCUUCACAAUAAAUAUUUUUAGUAUUUCAAUAAUUUCAGUAAAUCAAUAAAUAUGAUUUAAGGGUCAAAUAUAGUACUUUCCUAAUUUGUAAUUCUGUAAUCCUUACAGUUCUAAACCAGCAAAAUACAAUGAACUAUAACUUGAGAGAGAUAUGUUUAAAUAUAUUAAAUAUAUAAAUAUAAUAAAUAUAUAUAUUUAUUAUAUAAAUAUAAUAAAUAUUCUAAACUUUGA